CACAAAAUUUAACGUACAGAGCAGGAUCUCAAGUCGUCUGUUAUCUCUGGUGUUUGCAGACUUGAAGUUGGGUCUUAAAACAUCAUACUUGUGUCAAUCCGCGUUAAUGGGAUUGAAAUCGGUCGCAGUUUGUGCAUGUCGCGCAUUUAGCAGGGACGCUGGAAUGACGUGUUGCCCGAGCCGCGUUUCUUUGAGUAAUGCUGUUGAACAGUCUGUAGAACAUGAGUAAAGGCCGAAUAAACAACAUCUCACCCUCGAGUAGCACUCUGGGGGUCAACGCGGAAAACGAACGUUCCGCCGGCGCCGGAGACUCACCAGCCGCCUCCAGGAAACACCAACUGGGUUCGACUGUGCGCGGCUUCAUCUCGUCGACGUUCCAGAGGAAGUUGCAGCCAAGUGUGCCGUCGAGCAACGCCAAGCAACAGUCUAGUCGAGUGUCCGUGACUCCGUCGAGCGUGGACCGAGCCAAAAGAAAGCAGCCCACGUCGCAGGGCGGUCCUGCGGCCACCAGCAAGAACCAGCAGACGAGGAACUCGGUUCGCGCCCUGGAGCGGCGGCCGCGCACGGAAAAGAUUUCCUCGAAUCAUGUUGAACGGCAGCCUAGUAGUAAAAUUAAGGAAAGCGCCACAGAUAAGGCAGGACUGGAGAAACAGAAUCUUGAGAAGUCUGAGAAGGAAGCCACGAUGCCAGUGCCAGAUAAUACUCUGGAAGAGUGUUCGACUGAAGUGACUGAACAGGUGCCACUACCAACUGUUGUUCCGGAUUCAAAUGCAACAAGUGAAAACAUAAAAGCCAAAGGGGAAAAUGACGAGGACGAAGGAAAAGCAGUGGCAGUGUCGCCUGACACUAGAUUUUUAAAAUUUGACGAGGAAAUAGGACGGGGGAGUUUUAAAACUGUGUACCGAGGGCUGGACACAGUGGCUGGGGUGGCAGUUGCCUGGUGCGAAUUGCAGGAAAAAAAAUUAAACAAAAAUGAGAGGAUGAGAUUUAGGGAAGAGGCUGAAAUGCUCAAAGGACUGCAGCAUCCCAAUAUUGUAAGAUUCUACGAUUACUGGGAGGUGGCGCAAACAAAAAGGAAGUACAUAGUGCUGGUAACCGAGCUUAUGACUUCUGGAACCUUGAAAGCGUACCUGCGUCGUUUCAAAAAAGUUAACCCAAAAGUGGUUAAGUCGUGGUGCAGGCAAAUCUUAAAGGGACUUCUCUUCCUGCACUCUCGGUCGCCGCCGAUCAUUCACAGAGACUUAAAGUGUGAUAAUAUUUUCAUAUCCGGCAACACGGGCUCCGUCAAAAUCGGAGAUCUAGGGUUGGCCACCCUUAAGAAUAGAUCCUUUGCAAAAUCCGUGAUUGGCACUCCUGAGUUUAUGGCCCCUGAAAUGUAUGAGGAACACUAUGAUGAGAGUGUUGACGUCUAUGCUUUUGGAAUGUGCAUGCUGGAGAUGGCCACCUCCGAGUAUCCAUAUGCAGAGUGCAUGGGGCCCGCGCAGAUUUAUAAGAAAGUCAUUACAGGUGUGAAGCCACUUAGCUUUGAAAAGGUUGAGAAUCAAGAGAUUCGAGAUAUUAUCGAAAAAUGUAUUCGCCUUAAGAGAGAGGAAAGACCAAGUGUUAGAGAGAUAAUUAACUACGAUUUCUUCCAAGAAGACGUUGGCUUGAAGUUGGAGCUAGUGUCUCAAAUCGAGGAAGUGAAGACGCUGGGAAAGGUUUGUUUCCGACUGCGGGUGAUGGACCCCAAGAAGAGGAGUAACAAACACAAAGAAAAUGAAGCAAUUCAAUUUGAAUUUGAUCUGAAAAAUGAUAAUUCAGACAUGGUUGCUACGGAUAUGGGCACAUCUGGUUUGAUUUUGGAAGAUGACGUUCGGCUUGUUGCAAAGCUGAUUAAAGACCAACUCCAAAUCGUCCUCAAAGAGAAGGAGGAGAAAGAAAGCGAAAAAUUGCUUGAGGCACCUCAGUUUGAACAAGGACAAGAUAAGACUAAUGACUCCGGUUACAUAACGAUUCAUAGGGAGGAUCAGGAGUUAAAAGAUGCAGCUGGCUUGUACUUUCAACAACAACAGACUGGAAAUCAACAGCAGCAACAACAGCAACAGCCCUUUUACCAAAUGACCCAGUUUGCGCCGCAAACAUUCAUGGAGCAACAGCCUCAGAUGCAAGACAUGCAGAAUAUGCAACCGGCAUUACAAGAAAUGCAAACAAUGCAACAGCCUAUGCAAGAGAUGAUCCCGCAACAGCAACAACAGCAGCAGCAGCCCCACACGCAAGAAUUUAUACAGCAGCCCAUGCAAGACAUGCUCCAGCAAAUGCAGCCCCCCAUGAACGAAAUCAUGCACCAGCAACCCCCGCAAGUCCAGGAAAUGAUGCACCAGCAGCCGAAUAUGCAAGAAAUGAUGCACCAGCAAGCCCAGAUGACAGAGAUUUUGCCUCAAGCACCUAUGCAAGAAUUAAUGCAACACCCACCCCAGCAGCAGCAACAACAACAACAACAACAAGAUCUUCUUCAGCAGCCUUUAAUGCCACCUCUCAUUUUGGAUGGGAACCUGAUCAGUGGCCCGUCCUCACCUUACAUUAUGGAAGGAAUUGCUCCUCUUAACUAUUGCAUAGACGUUGCAAACUCCUUGGAGACCACUGACAACCCACCGCAGUCUUAUAUACUCAAUCAUAAUGUUCUGGGCCACAACGAACCAGAAAUAUUUCCGCAGAUGGAGCUUCGACACUCUGGAGAUUACUCAAGCUUGGAUAUAAGUAGUGCAUGCGAACCUGUUCCGUUUCAAGAGCAAGGGCAGAACCAACUGCUUCAGCAAAUUCAAUCUGAAAGUAAAACAGUCACUUCGCCCAAUUCUGAGAAAACUGACAAUUUGGAUGGAGAUUCUCAAGCUUCGAAUGCUGCAAAGCAAAAGAUCCGGCGGAGGAGACGAAAUGACAUGCGUGGACCUCGACUCACGAUUUUAUCCUUCACAAAAACCGAAGUCGAAUGUGAGAUGGAGUGUUCGAGGCAAAAAAGGGUUACAUUCAAAUUUGACAUUGAAGAUGCAAACUUCAAGGAAAUUUCUCAAAACCUGGUUGAUUCAAAACUUCUGGCCGAAGCGCACAGCAAAGCCCUGGUGGACUUGUUGACAGAAGCGGUUUCUCUUUUAAAAGAAAAUCCCGAGGAACUGCCUAUUUUGGGUGGAAGUGGUCUGGAUAACGCUAGCCCUGUUGCUAUUCGAAAACCAAGACAGAGAGAUCGUGAACAACAACUUAAAUCAAGAGUUAGACACGGUUCCCUGACCCGUCAAACUUCCACAUUAUCGUCAUUUUUCAAUGGCCACCGCAGGCAUCGCUCAAGAGAUGAUAGCAUUCCUGGUCUUCGAAGGUGGGAUUCGAUGACCAACUACUCAGCAGCCCAGGACACACCAUUUGGCAGUCCCGUCAAAAGUUCCAUACCAAAAAGCGAUAACACACCAAUCAGUGAUAAUGAGCCGAAAUCUCUAAGCAUAGAGCGGCAGGCUUCAAUAGACGAAAAGUCGAGAAGCAGUGGCGCUACCACACAACAAAACACGCCAGAAAACACACUACACAGUGACGCUCUGGCGAAAUUAUCCCAGCAGGGUUCCUUUGAGCAAAAUCAUGAGUCAUCGUGCCAGACGAUUGGGGAGCUGCACCAGAAAUUGCAGGAAGUGACCUCGCAGCCGUCUGAGUUGUUGCUGCCGGGUAACACGCCUGUCACCUCCCACCCUGCCACCCCUUUCAUAGCACAAAGCUACGAUUCGUAUAUGCAAGCACUGCAGCAGAAACUCGCCUCCAUUUCGAUGACUGGCGGUCAAGCUUUAGGUCCCCUCUCCCCUCAGAGCACAAUCCAUGCAAACAUCAGCCCAGCUUUGCUCAUCCAACAACCCUCAAACGCACCAGUUGAAUCUGCUGACCAGGCCAGGGUCCCCACAGCUUCCGAACCGUUGGCAAAUCUCCCUCUGCUGAUUCCUUGUGCUACAGAUCCCAGCAAGGUGCAGCCCUAUGUAGUGCAUCCGUUAACUACGGCGGAACAGUGUGCUCAGGCAGCGCUCGAACUUCAGAAUCUCGACCAGGAGCUCUCCAAAAUCCACCAAGGAAGUAGAGCGACGGGCUUAGAGUCGCAUCCUCAAUUCUUGUUGCCAUUUAUUCAUUCUGAUAUUCCUAAUUUGGUGCCACAAUUGUCUUUGUCUGCGAUACCUGGGCAGCAGCAAAGCGCCAAACAGCCGAGUGGUCAGACAGAGCAGUCAGCCAUACAUUCCAGUGAAGCAAGUUUAGGCCCCGCGGCGCCUCCAGUGCGUCGGGUUUCUCGAUUUCAAGUAUCCGUUGUCACGGAAGGCAAUCCCAAGCCUGACGAAGGCAGUGAAAACAAAGAAGAGUCGGUACCUGUAUCUAACCUAAAUGUGCCGCCGAGUGGCCAACACCAGGAGGAUGACCGGCACAGUCCGUCGAUGGCCCAGCAGUUCAACGGCAGCAUCCACCCACCGAAUUACCCUGAAGAUGCGCAGGUCAACAGGCAAGGGCGUUUCAGCGUCGUCACGCACCCUGGAGACGCUGCAGAGGACUUUCCGUGGGAGGAUGGCGAGGUGGACGAUUACUCGGAGGAAGAAGAGGAGCUGUACAAACGGCCUCAGCCGAGGUCCAGGCAUGAUAAGAUUGGGCCUUACCAUCUGCCAAAGCUGGCAGGGCUGGGGGCCGGCAAGCACCCCUUCCGCGGGCACCACCACCCCCAUCCGCAGCACGUCUACCUUCCGGAGCACCCGUCCUAUCCCGACCUGAGCAGGUACUACCAGGGCCACCAGUUGCCCGCCACUCCUCCUCUGGCGGCCCGCAAAGCAGACACCUUCAAAAAGGCAGGCAGCGUGGCCGACUUCCGCAACUUCCCUUCGCGCAGCACCAGUCCCGCCGUGCAGGCCAGCGUGGCGCCCCCGGCCUCGUUGCCCCGCUGGUCGAGCCACACCGACCUCAGCGUGCCGCCGCGCACGCGACGCAAGCUGCCCCAACGUCCCGACCAGACCACCCACCUGCAGCGCUCCUACAGCUUUGACCCCCACGACCGCCCUGAGGCGCGGCGUGUCAAGGACGAGCCGCGCUUCCUGCUGCAGGCCAAGCUGAAGCACGCGCGCAGCCUGUCGAACCUGUGCAAGUCGAAGAAGGGGCUGUUGGCGGCGCCCACCGUCAACAACUACCACACCGUGCACGCCGGCGGCGCCGCCUGGAUGCACCAGCCGGUGCUCAUAUCCUCGUCCGAGGACACGGACGUGUCCGACCUGGACGCCGACGACGAGCUGGAGCCGCGGUUCUCUGCCGCCGCGCGUCCCUCGCGUCGAUACGCGGACAGCAAAUUCCACACCGGUAUUGCACCUUAUCAUUCGGAAAAUGAUGGAAGCCCAAUGUUCCAGAGAGAUCUGAAGCUGCUUUUGGAAAGACAUGCCCGAGAAAUGGAGGACCUGCAGCGGCGCCACCAGCGCGAAUACGAAAUGUUCUUUGUUGAGCAUGGCCUGAAUCCUAGGUACUCAUCAUCGUCCCACCUGCACCACCGACGGCCGUCGACCGGCAGCGACCCUUCCUACCUUACAGAGAGGGCGCUCAGCCCGUCGAUGCACCCGCACAUGUACGGCCAGGUGCCUUACGAUGUCCCAUCGCCCAACCGGCCUAAGGAGGAGGCGCACCACUAUGCACCGCAGCAGCAACUCUGCUUCAUUGCUCGUCCGCCAGCUUCUAUGGCUAUGCACAUGCCCGGCCUGGCCAUGCAGUACCCCGAGGGCGGCCACUUGGCUCCCAGGGGCUACCUCAUCUACCCGGCGCCCAUGAGCCAGGAGGGUGCAAUCAAACUGGCCGAGGGCGGCUUCGUAGCCUACCCCCAGUGGAUGACUCCGCAAAUGGACAAGUCCGGAGGUCAGUGACCUCCUCUGCACUGCAGUCGAGCCGACGGCACUCGGGAUGUGGGAAGCCAUGCAGAAAAUAAUGUACUCACUCGUCAACACUGAGAGGAAAUGUGAUGUAACUCGUAAUAAUAAUUAUGAAAAUAAAGCAAAGGCGGUACUUUGAUCAUCGUGAAUUGAAUUCAGGAA